AUGCCUGCUCUACUUGCGAAUUCACAGACUCACUUUGGAAUUUGCUCCGCCUGGUGCACAUCUGCCCAGGACAUCCCCCAAACAAUGGUCUUCCGCCUCGCGAACGCUGUUACCGUACUAUCUGCUGCAACGUCACUCAUCUCGGUGCAUCAAACCGCGGCCGAGUCUAUCUGCACGCUCAGCGACUCCGAAACGUGCGCCGUCGACUCACUCACACCUUCCGACGACGAUGGCAGCGUGAUCAUCUACCCGGGAGGCAACACGCGUUGUGCUUUCGAUGACUACACGGACUCGAAUACAACGUUCUCCACGAACUCGACGUAUUUCUUCCAAGCGUUUCCGAAUGGAGGCUCGGACAAGUCGAAGCUGAUGAUUUUAUUCCAAGGCGGUGGAGCCUGUGCCGAUAAAGGCACGUGUGCGUUCGGCUUGCAGUGCUCUCUGGGUGCCAGUGCCACAUUUUCGACUGCAGCCACUGCUAGCAGUGCAGGUGUACUUGACCGCUCGCUACCGGAUAACAUGUUCAAAGACUGGAACAUUGUCUUCAUCCCUUACUGCACGGGUGACAUUCACAUUGGCAACCGAGUCACGGCUGCCUACGAGAGCGGCAUUGAGGUACUUCUAGGCAACUCGCAGCGUCUGGGACACGACUACGCGAUGCACAUGAAUGGAUACAACAAUACCAUGGCGGUGCUGGACUGGGCACUCGAGAACUACCCAGACGUGGACAACCUCAUCGUUGGCGGCGAAAGUGCUGGGUCUCUUGGUGCUCAAGUCCACAGCGCAAAGAUUGCUGAGAUGUGGGACGUUGACGCCAAGGGUGCGAGAUUCUCGGUGUUGGCCGAUAGCUACGUCGGUGUCGUGCCGGAAGACCACCCGGCAGCAGAACUCUUGGUGUACUACGGUGCAUGCACCAACGACUUCGGUUUGUCUGAGGACAUUGUGGCGGCUUGCGAAGCUGGAACUGCCACUACCAUUGAGAUGAUCGAUGCGCUGUUGGACGCACAACCUGAAGGAAAUUGGCUCUUCAUCGACAGCAAAGGAGACAAGACUCAGCGCUACUUCUACGCCCUUGUCGAAGAAGGUAUCUUGGGUUAUCCCUUCUCGGACUUGAUUUCGGAGGCAGAUUUCUUCUCAAACAUGAGCACAAUCCUGGAUUCGUACCGCAAAGUAAGCUCUCGUAUCACAACUUUCUACGUGGAAGGUACGAAGCAUGUCUUCCUGGCCGAUUCGAACUUUACGAGAUAUAAGAGCGAUGAAGGUUUGCUACUAGGUGAUGUUAUCAAUGAAUGGCUCAUCUCAAACUCGAGCUUGAAUUCAAACUCGACCGAGACACCGACUGGAAGUCCUAGUCCGAUUACGGUGACACCCGGUGCAACUACGGCAACUCCUCCGGCGACAGCAGACGCACCAGGCACCUCCCCGUCUUCCUCCCCGAGUACGCCUACGUCUCCAAGCCCCACUACAUUAUCGACGACUGCACCCAGUGCUGCCGCUACCUCCGCGCCCCGCGCGUGCUAG